AUGGCGAAGAUGCAUGAUCUCGACUGGCUUUUUGCCAUUGGUGUGAUCUUCUUCCUGCUCUCCGUCUGGGGUAUCGGAGCAAACGAUGUGGCCAACUCGUAUGCCACUUCGGUCAGCUCCAGGUCCCUGACCCUGAUUCAAGCGGGAUGUUUAUCGACCAUCACUGAAUUUGUGGGAGCAAUUGCCCUCGGCCAGGGUGUCACCGACACCAUUCGCAGUGGUGUCUUCUCCAUCGAACCCUUCGAGAACUCUCCUGGUGUUUUGAUCAUGGCCAACGUCGUUGCUGAAAUUGGUUCCGCCACCUGGUUGACGGUUUGCACUCGCCUUGGUUUCCCGGUCAGCACCACUCAGUCUAUCGUUGGGGCCCUCGUUGGCGUUGGUAUUGCGGCCAAUAUUCCGGUCAACUGGGGUUGGAAAAAAUCAAGCGUCUCCCAAAUCGCUGCCUCCUGGGGUAUUGCACCGUGCAUCGCCGCUGGCUUCGGUGCCGUCAUCUUCGGAACCAUCCAACUUUUGGUCCACUCUCGCAGCGAUCCUCUCAAAUGGGCCAUUCGUCUGAUCCCCAUCUACUAUGCCUUGACGGCUGGUAUUCUGUCCCUGUUCAUCGUCAUCAGUGGUGGGCAUGGCAUCCCUACCCUCGAAGAGAUGGGCGCGGGAGAAGCGACGGGUAUUAUCCUCGGAGUGUUUGCGGGGAUCCUCCUCAUCUCCGCUGUCUUCUUUUUGCCUUACUACUACCGAAAGCUUGUCAAGGAAGACCAUCGUCUCCGCAUCUGGCACAUCCCCAUGGGUCCUCUUCUAUGGAAGGAUAACUACACUCUCUAUUUCCCAGGAAAGGAGGAUGCCGAACUCGUCCCGAAUUACUAUGACUCCGAACUGAAACUCGACGACGCUAGCAGUGCCGAUACGAUUGAUCAAGAGAAAUUCGCGAACAAGAGUGCCGAGACAGGCCCGAUCACGGAGGGUGAUGAAAUUCAGGAAUCUCAAGCUCCUGUCAACCCCGCCAAUCCCCUAGACCGCAAGCGAAACAAAGACUUGCGAGUUGUCGAUGAACUGCCAUGGGCUCACCCCAAACGGAUCUAUACUACCCUCAAAUUGGUUUUCAUGUACGGUAUCACUCGUGAUGUCAUUGCCCAUCAGUCCAAGGGCUUGGACGCCGUCCACCAACGCGCUAUUCAUUACGACAACAAGGUCGAGCAUCUUUGGACCACCGCCCAGGUUUGCACUGCCAUGCUUAUGUCCGUAGCUCACGGUGCCAACGAUAUUUCUAACGCCAUCGGCCCCUUCACCACCGAAUAUCAAACAUGGAGUACCGGUGUCACCUCGGCCGAGACCGACACGCCCACUUGGAUCAAGGCCGUUGGUGGUAUUGGCUUGGGUGUCGGUUUCUGGACUUUCGGUUAUCACAUCAUGCGCAACCUGGGUAACCGCGUCACCAAGCAUUCCCCUACCCGAGGCUAUUCCAUGGAACUUGCGGCUGCCAUCACCGUCUUGCUCGCCACCCAAUUGUCUCUCCCUGUCAGCACGACCCAGUGCAUUACUGGUGCCAUUGUCGGCGUAGCUAUCAUGAACCGCGAUCUGAAGAGUAUCAACUGGAGGCAACUUGGCAAGAUCUUCAUCGGUUGGGUCUUGACCGUCCCUUCUGCUGGCAUCAUCUCCGGUAUUAUUAUGGGUAUGGCUUUGAACGUUCCUACCUGGGGUCCUAGACCGUAA